UUUUACACGACCGAGCCCCCUCCGCCGCCGGAAGCGGAUCGUGUUCCCUCGCCGGGGCGUCCGGCCCAACACCGGCGGGAUUGAACCGAACGAGUCAAACCCAACAACCACUCGCCUCCCCUCCCGCAGCCCCCACCGGGCGGCCUCCUCGCACGCCCAUGGCAAUCUUGAGCUUCCACUUCCUCCUCCUCCUGCUCCUCCUCGGCGCCUUCUCCUCGCUCCCCACGCAAGCCGCCGCGAGGGGUGGUCAUGAUCCGUCAGGUUAUGUCGGAAAUCAUGGUUCAUUUUCACGUAACUUGCUUGAGGAUAAGCCCCGUAUCACGGAAGAAAUGGUCUAUGGAUAUAUGACCAACCCUGAGCUUGAGGUUGCUGUACAUGCCUUUGGAAGUCGGUGUCCUAAUAUCUCCAGGAUAUACAGCAUUGGAAAGAGUGUGAAUAAUUUCCCAUUGUGGGUGAUUGAAAUAUCAGACAAGCCCAGGCAAAAAGAAGCUGAACCAGCAUUCAAGUUCAUUGGAAAUGUUCAUGGUGAUGAGCCUGUUGGAAGAGAGGUUCUUAUGCAUUUUGCAAAUUGGCUGUGUGAUAACUACCUGAAGGACCCGUUGGCAACUCUCAUUGUGGAGAACAUGCACCUUCAUAUACUCCCGACAAUGAACCCAGAUGGAUUUGCUCUUAGAUGGCGUGGUAAUGCAAACAAUGUUGAUCUAAACAGAGAUUUUCCUGACCAAUUUUCUCCCUUCAACAACGAUAUUAACUACAGACAACCUGAAACUAGAGCUAUUAUGAAUUGGGUAAAACAAGAACACUUCACGGCCUCUGCUAGUUUGCAUGGGGGUGCUCUUGUUGCCAAUUAUCCAUGGGAUGGAACUAGAGAUAAAAACAAAUAUUAUUAUGGAUGUCCUGAUGAUAAGACAUUCCAGUACAUGGCAUCAGUGUAUAGUCAGUCACACUACAACAUGUCUUUGAGCAAAGAAUUUGAAGGAGGGAUUACGAAUGGAGCAUUCUGGUAUCCAAUAUAUGGCGGCAUGCAAGACUGGAACUAUAUACAUGGAAGCUGCUUUGAGUUAACGCUGGAGAUUAGUGACACAAAGUGGCCAAAAGCAGCUGAGCUACCUGUCAUCUGGGAACACAAUAGGAUGAGUAUGCUUAAUCUUGUUGCAAGCCUAAUAAAGUCAGGAAUUCACGGAAGGAUAUUUGCAGCAGAUACUGGCAGGCCUAUAUCUGGCUCAGUGAUGAUAAAGGGGAUUGAUUCCAAGGUGAGAGCUAGCAGGACUUAUGGAGAUUACCAUCGAAUGCUUGCGCCUGGUGAGAAAUAUGAAGCAGUUGUGGCAUCAAUGGAAGGCUUCCGACCAAAAUCUACACGUAUUGUGCUGGAGCAGGAAGCCGUGAACUUGGAUUUCAUCUUGGACCCAAUCGAACCUGAUGGGCAGAUGAAGCUGACUCGUAAUGACUGUGGCUGCCCUUGCGACAAUGACAAGCUGUUCCACGUUCAAGAAGCUCACCUCUGGUUGUAUAUUCUUGUUUUGUUCGUUCUCCUGAUCCUUUAUUUGCUCUUCAAGAGAAAAACUGCAUCUAGGUUGCUGACAUAUAGAUACUCGCCCAGGCGGCCUAUUGCUGUAUAGGAGGAAUUUUGUUGCCUAGUUCAGUUUUGUAACUCACGGGCUCCCACCAAAACGGUAUGUUGUUGUACAAGUUAAAGGAUAGCCAAUGUACCAUGGAAGUUUUGCAUCGAUGGAAAGUUUUGCAUCA